UUAAUUUUGUGUUUAUAAUUUAUAAUAUUCUGUAUCUCAUAUGUAUCGCAUAUUUCUCAAAACACAUAUACUUUGCAAUUUAAAUUUUAUCUCUGAAAUACAUUCAUGUGAAAAAUAGAGGAAUGACUCAAUUAUUGAGGAAGUCGAAGAAGUGGUGAACGCGGGGAUCAGUAUCAAACCAGAUACAGGUGAAAGGGCAAUGGUACAAUAAAUGCCGUACACAGUUAUACGAUAUUUUUUAAAACGUAGUCCUAGAUGAGACGUUCAGGUGACGUCUCUCGCCCAGCUCGCCGCAAAGUCGGAAAUUGCGUCGCGCGGUUCCGCUCGCGCUGCUUACGCCGAUGCUCUCAGCCGGGGUCGGUCUCCCUCCUACCGCGGGCCCGCGUCGGAGAAGACAUUCACCUCGAGGAGAGCCAACUCCCAGCCAGCCCAGGUAUCGUUACCUGCAGCUACGUGUUUCUCGCGUCCCAGCCUCGCUCGAGCGAGUCACUUUUACGCUCGUGAGUCCGCGCGCGGCCAGUUCGCGUUGCAAUCUGCAGCGCGGUAGCACUCGCGGACACUCGCUCGCACGUUGGCGCACUCACACGUUUCAUCGGGGGCCUACCAUUUUGGUGAACGUCUUCGUGGAAGGUCGGCACGAGUGUCGUCUCUUUGUUAAGGUGCACGCGCUUCGACACACGGUGUCCUCGAAGUCCGGACACGGUCAAGUGCGCGUUGGAUGGAUGAAUCCAGCGGCGAUCCGGCGCCUCGGUCUUCUCCACACGUUACGUUCCCGAACGAAUAGGCAUUGUUUCUAAUAUCCUGAAAGAGUUCUCCGCAAAUGUUACUACGAGGAAUAUAAUCGUGGGAACCGGAUGUUAUAUCGAUCCUCAAGAUGAUUCCAUCCGAUUGCAUUCUAGACAUAUCCAACGUGUUUCAUUCCACCACCGUGGUAAUCGAAGGAAGUUGCCUUAACAAAUCCGAGCCCACCGCUGUGCUUAGAGAUGUAUCGGCUCGCGUUCACGGCGGAGAGGUCUUGGCUAUCCUGGGAUCAAAAGGUUCCGGCAAGCGAGCGCUCCUCGAUGUUAUCGCUGGAAGGGCGGAGGGCGAGACGAGAGGACGGGUCACCCUUAAUGGCAAUCUGCUGACGCCGGAGGUGUUUCGACGUCAUGGCGGCUACGUGGCUCACAGGUGUCACCUGCUACCCAGUCUCACGGUUCGUCAGACUCUGAUGUACGCUACAUGGCUUGCAAACCUGAACAAUCGCGAGGCCCGGGUCCGGCAGACUCUCGCCGACCUGGCGCUCUCGCAGGUCGCCAACAGAUCGGUGAACGAUCUCACGCGGCCAGAGUAUCGACGACUGAUGCUGGGCGUGCAGCUAGCAAAAGACCCAACCGUUCUCUUGUUGGACGAGCCAACCUGGGACACUGAUCCGCUGAAUACGUACCUUAUCGUCUCGAUGCUGUGGUCCUACGCGACCAGACGCGGUUCCAUCGUCGUCCUCACCAUGGAGACACCCAGAUCCGACGUGCUGCCGUUUGUCAGUCGCGUAACGUUGUUGUGCCUAGGCGCAGUAGUCUACUCGGGGCCAACUAGGAGCAUGCUAGACUACUUCACCUACAUCGGCUUCCCGUGUCCGGAACUGGAGAAUCCCUUGAUGUAUUACUUAUGCUUGUCGACGGUUGACCGUCGCUCCAGAGAUCGCUUUUUGGAGUCCAAUCAGCAGAUAUCAAUUCUAGUCGAGAAAUUCAAGGUGGACGGUGUGCUCUACAUGAAGGAAGCGCCGCAAGUGCCACAUAGCAUGAAGGAUUCGGCCCUCGGCAUCAUGCAUAAAGGUUUGGGGCGCGGGAUUAAACCUGGAUGCUUCUCGACGCUUUUAGCACUCUAUCUGCGAGGUAUGGCAGCCACAUUCUCUUUGAAUAAGACCGGCCUAGGACAUUUCGCCGCUCGCCUGCUGUUACUACCAUUCGUGGUUGCCCUAAUGAGCAUACUGUACUCACACUCGAGUCGCGUGCAAUCAAGGAUCUUCCUACAAACUGGCGGUUUAAUCUUCAACGUCUUGACGUUAUUCUACGUAGCUGGGAUUGCUGCGACAUCGCUCUUGUUUCCAGGUUUCCGUGCCAGAUAUUAUCAAGAGAAACGAGAAGGUCUCUACGGUGGCGCUAUGUUCCUGACCGCGUACACUUUGUUGAGUCUACCCUUGAGCUUCAUUUCGACUUUAAUAACGAUCGGAAUACUCAUUCCUAUUCUUGAGCUGGAUCUCUCUGCGUGGGCGUAUACUUCCGGUAUUCUGUGGUCCAGCUACGUUGCGGCCGAGCAAGUUACGGUGGCCGUGCUGAUGGUAGUGGGUCGGCCUAUAACUGGUGCAAUCACUGUGCUAUACAUGACCCUGUUGUCGUUGGUGAUCGCGUCGGGUGCCAUUCGCAGCCUGAAGAACCUACCCUACUGGCUAGCGAUGGUGUCCACUGCGCUACCGACCAGAUAUGCCUCCCUAGCGCUGAACCAGUUGGUCAUUGACACGCCGAUCCUCUCCAACUUGUCUUACAAUGAAAGUUUCACUUGCCCUGGCAUACCUGAGGUUUGUCGGUACCCCGAUGGUAAGACUUACUUGAUCGAACGCUUCACUCGAGAGGGCGAGAAUAUCUCCGAGGUACUGAACGUAGAUCUGAAUCUGCUGAUCUCUCUGGCGUUCGCUGUCGGUCUGAUCAUACUGAACAGCGUGCUGUAUUUGUUACCAUUGCCCGCGAAAGUGAAGGCCAAGUUUAGAGAGUGAAGGAUCACCAAUUGCGUACUUUGUGUUUAGCACUGAACGCGAAAUAAAUCGUGUCAUUUGCAUUUUGCAUCAAGAUAUCAACAUUCAGCACAGUUAUUAUUUAAUUUUGGGAUUUAAUGUAUAUAAUGCUGUAAAUAACGAUAAUGAUAUUUAGUAUUAAUUAAGAAAGGCGGAACACGCAUUAAAGGUAUGAAACAUUUUAUAUUUUAUCGAAUAUGUAUUACAAAAUUAUUUUUUAUUUAUUAUUAUGGCAAUUAUAUAUAGCGUAAGUAACAUGAUUCUUACAAUCAUGGCACACCACGGAUCAGGCCCAACAGAUUUACACAGCUAAGUGUAAGAGCAUAUAUACAUUUAAGGAAUAAUGAUUUAACUAUGUGUAAAAUAGUGCAAUUACGAUAAAACAUUAUUUAAUAAUGUAACCAAUUUUUACUUAAUAAUUUGAAUGCGUAACGAUAUAUUACAUAAACUUUCGAUAUUUAUAGAAAACAAAAUAGAAAAAAAUAUAGCAGCAUUAUUACGUCAUCGUAAUUAACAAAACUCUGUUCUCUCAUUUAUAUUACAUAUUUAAAAUCGCAUAGCUUUAACGUUUUUUUUUCUGUACAAGAUCGUAUGGUGCAUUUUUAUGUUAAGAAACUUGUGUAUAGUUUACAGAAGAUAUUAAAAUUCACUUUCAAACAGUUAA